AUGUUUUUUCUCAACUGUGCCCCAGGCGUUGGGCCUCGUUGCCGCGGGCGGACGGUGAGUAGGUGUGACUGGUACAGGCACAACGGACCUCGGGGCUUCGAGUUCAGAGAGCCGUUUGAGGGGGUCCCCUUUUGGGGCGGAAGAUUCUUAGACUCUGCAAGUAAAGAUAACCUGUGUUCCCAGUAUAUCAUGGCUUCAUCUUCAAGCGGCCUCUCUACUGGGAGAAGUACCAGCUCAAAGCUGAAGUCUGUGAAGUUACUUGAGGUUCUGAAUGCUCUGGAAGAGGAGGAAUCUGGCCACAGUAGGGAGGAGAUCUUCAUUGCACCACCCAAAAAUGCUGCAGGGGACUUCACUGAUGAAGACUCAGGUGAUGAAGAUGGCCAGCGAGGAACCCAUGUACCUGGUAAUGUGCUGCAUGCUCUUGUGGUCCCUGAGGACUCUGGCACCGGGGAGGAGGAGGAGGAUGACCUGCAGCUGCAGCCAGCCACGAAGAAGCGAAAGGCAGUAGUGGAACCUCAACGUAUUUGGACCAAAAGAGAUAUCCGCCCGGACUUCAGCAGUUGGACAGCAACAGAUCCUCAUAUGGAAGAUCUCAAAAGCCAGGAACUGAGUCCUGUAGGUCUCUUUGAACUGUUUUUUGAUGAAGGAACGAUUAAUUUUAUUGUUAAUGAAACCAAUCGUUAUGCUAGGCAGAAAAAUGUCAACCUGGGUCUCACAGCCCAGGAAUUGAAGUGUGUCUUGGGCAUUUUGAUUUUAAGUGGGUAUAUCUCUUAUCCAAGGAGAAGGAUGUUUUGGGAAACAUCUCCUGACUCACAUCACCAUCUUGUGGCUGAUGCAAUUCGAAGGGACAGAUUUGAACUGAUCUUCUCAUACCUGCAUUUUGCAGAUAACAAUGAACUUGAUGAAAGUGAUAGGUUUGCCAAGGUCAGGCCUCUCAUCGUACGCAUGAACUACAAUUUCCGGAAACAUGCACCCUUGGAAGAGUUCUAUAGCUUUGGCGAAUCCAUGUGUGAAUACUUUGGAUACCGGGGGUCUAAGCAGCUGCCUGCAGGGAAGCCUGUGCGGCUGGGCUACAAGAUCUGGUGUGGGACAACCAGCAGGGGCUAUCUGGUGUGGUUUGAGCCCUCCCAGGGCACACUGUUCACUAAGCCAGACAGGGGCCUGGACCUGGGAGGCAGUAUGGUAGUGAAAUUUGUGGACGCACUUCAGACGCGUGGCUGUCUGCCAUACCACAUAUUUUUUGACAAGGUUUUUACAAGUGUCAAAUUGAUGUCCAUUUUAAGGAAGAAAGGCGUGAAGGCCACAGGAACUGUUCGUGAGUACAGAACUGAGCAUUGUCCCCUUAAAGAUCCCAAAGAACUGAAGAAAAUGAAGAGGGGUUCGUUUGAUUACAAAGUUGAUGAGAGUGAGGAGAUCAUUGUGUGCCGCUGGCACGAUAGCAGUGUGGUCAACAUCUGCUCCAAUGCUGUGGGCAUAGAGCCGGUGGGGCUGACGAGCCAUCACUCAGGAGCAGCCAAGAUGCAGACCCAGGUUCAUCAGCCAUCCCUGCUGAGACUGUACCAGGAGAAGGUGGGGGGUGUCGGCCGUAUGGACCAGAACAUUGCCAAGUACAAGGUGAAGAUCCGGGGUAUGAAGUGGUACUCGAGUUUCAUUGGUUAUGUUAUUGAUGCAGCUCUUAACAAUGCUUGGCAGCUGCAUAGGAUAUGCUGCCGUGAUGCCCAGGUGGACCUCCUGGCCUUCCGAAGAUAUGUGGCCUGUGUGUACUUAGAGAGCAAUGCAGACACAUCAUCCCAAGGGAGGAGAAGCAGGCGGUUGGAAACUGAGAGCCGCUUCGACAUGAUUGGGCACUGGAUCAUCCACCAGGACAAGAGGACCCGGUGUGCCCUGUGCCACUCACAGACCAACACCCGCUGCGAGAAGUGCCAGAAGGGCGUCCAUGCCAAGUGCUUCAGGGCAUACCACAUCCGGUAA